CAUCCGCUGACAGUUAAUAUCGAGUUGCGUUUAGUGCUUGGGAGGUGUCCGUCGGUGGAUUCGUCUGUCGUCAAGUUUGUUGGUGAUAUGUGUGCUGGAGGCGCAUCGUAGAGCUGGUGUUGUUUAUUCGAGGGAACUUUUCGAGGAUAUGAAAGAAAUCGGCCGAAACAUGUCAGGCUGUGACUCCGAGCUCUGCGGCUUUCUGGACGCGAAGCUCCCCGGGAGUCGCUACAUGUCGCACCGCGUGCGAAAGCGUCCGCUGGCGCCGUGGAAAGCGUGGCGCAGGCACUGGUGCUCCGUCCGCAAACUGGGUCCGGGCCUGGGGGUGGAGGUGCACCUGGACCGUGGCCUGAGCAGCGACGGAAACGACCGCAACAACUCCAUAAAAGUCCCCUCAGACUCGAUAAUCUGCCGCACCGAGUCCCGCACAAAGCACUUCGCCUUCGGCAUAUUCCCAGGCAAGGAGCGCAAGCCCCUGCUGUACCUGUGCGGCACCUCCGAGUCGGAGACGCAGCGUUGGAUGGCGAACCUGCGCCAGCUGCUGAAGCCGAGGCGCCACAGGUUCAUGGAGGGUACCUUCAACAUAUCAAUGGUGGACAACACGCACUCAAGGGCCGCAGGGCUGUCGGGCCUCCACGGGGACCUCGUGGCGAGUCGUUCAGGGCUCUUCAUCAAGGACGUGCACACUGGGGACAUAAUCGAGAACCUGGACUGGAAGGAGAUGAGCCAGUUCCACCUGGUGACAGCAGGUCGUCCGGAGGACGUCAAGCGAAUCUGCGUCAUCCACACGACGAAGGAGUUUCGUGGAGGUCCAGGAGAGCUCCACGUCUUCUGCAUGAACGCCCCGAAGCUCCUGCAGGACCUGGUGACGCAGGGGCGAGGUCCCAAGCACAAGCAGACGACGCGCCCCCUGAGUCUGUCCGAGGGGGACCUGAGGCUGUCGGUUCACACAGGCCACACCGAGGCCUCUCCAUCGUUCGUCAAGAGUAAAGUCGCCUCCACGCUCAUCAACGCAGGCCUUGGGAUGCUCCUCUCCUCGAGGUCUGGCAGUGAGGCCAAGCUCCUCCAUCAGCUGGAGGACAGCAUGACCGACAGCAAGCUGACAGGGCACCUCAGGGCCGUCGACAAUGUCUACCAACCCGAGCCAGCGAGCAUUCCCAACAUCAGUGCUAGCCUCGAGGAGCUGGAGGAGCCCUCCCCCAGGAGGGUCUCCACUGUGUCGAUAGCAUCUGGGAUCUACGAGGAGAUCGUCGAGGACCUGGGGGACUUCAGGAGGAUGAGGAUCCACUCGAAUCUCUAUGAGGACCCCAAUGAGAUUCUCAUCAUGUCUGGGGAAGUGGCGAGAGUGCCACCCCCUCUGCCACCGAGGAAGAGGUGCGGCUCUGGCUCCACUAGGACUGGCAGCAUCAGCGACGAUGGUCUCGACUCAGAGGGGGGCACCAGGUCGGCUACACCCACGCCGGAGGAGAGGGUCCAUGCGGUGGCCCCUCUGGCGUUGGGGGACUCCGAUUAUGUGCCCAUGAGCCCCAGGGUCAAGGAUAUCGCUCUGCAGCUGCAGGGGGAGAAGAGAAGCGCGCCGGAGGAGGUUUACAUGGUGAUGCGGUAGGCUUUUGGGGGAGGAAUGUCGAUGGGGAAUGAGGAACUUAUUCUUUUAAAGGAGAAGUUUUGAACUCAUGGUUCAAGGCGACUUGGCGAUUGGCAAGCUUUCGGGGAAUAUCUCGAGAUCUGGGGGAGAUGGGGACAUUUUCGUGGUGAGCUUUUUUGUCGGGCGGAUGAAUCUGCCUUAGUUUCCGAGACAUUCGCGGAAAACUUCGCUGCUGAAUUCAAUUUUUGAUGGAGAAUUGACAUAUGUUUGAUUUGACUUGUUAAAUUGUACGAAUAUUUGGGUAAUGAGUGGUUUCGAGAGAGGAUAUCCUAUUUUUUUGACGAGAAUUAAAUUUCGAAGAGAAAAGUCUUGCAAUUUUUUUCUUUAGAGACACUCAUUAUUGAUGUAAUUCGAUAGAGGCGGUUGGUUGCCGAAAAAUCCACGAAUAGAUUAAGAGAAUCGAUUAAAAUUAAUUAUCAACAUAGUAGACACCAAUUGCGGGUUCUAAGAGGGUCUAAUAAUCGAAAAUUGUAAAUAUCCAUUGAUUUCUGGGGGGGCAUAUUCGGUGAAAGAGACAUUAAUUAAUAUAUUCACAUAAUCAACAGUCGAGACGAGCCAGUCAAUUAUCAAUGCGUCCCGAAAGCUCAAUUUACCUGAACUUUUACAAACUCUCGUUUUAUAGUAAAACUUUUGAACCAGAAUUUUUGAUAAAAUCCACGUUAAACGCUCAAGAGUCAUCUUGCUGAUGUUUAUCGUAUCGUAAUAUGGAGUACAAAUUUUGUCAACGUGCGACUGAGUUUCGACGAUUAAGUAUUAGGGGACAAUAUUGAAAAUACGAACAUUAACCAUAUCACCUUGCACUGAGUACUUGGGGAGUAAACCUGCAGGGAGCAAUCUUUCAAUUAUUUCGGUUAUUGGGGGCGAGUGGGGUAAAGUGGACACAUUUGAAUUUUUUUAAAUGCCAAUGGCUCGUUAGAUUGUUGAUGCAAUGGAAUAUUUUUCUCCAUGAAAAGUACACUCUUUCCUUUGCGAUGAGUCUAGACUGAGCUCAAUUGAUGAAUCAGUGUCUGAGUUGUGAAUAUUUUUCAAAAAGUCGAGUGUCCAUUCACCCCACCCCUAUUUUUUGCCAAAUAAAUUAAUCUCUGGCGUUAUGUUAUCACUGCCUUCUUGCUGUGUGCCUCUACUCUACGUUUCAAUGGGGAUAAGACGAAUGAAAUAAAUGAAGAUUAAUAAAUUUAUGCGAAAAUUGCUUGUUGAGAAUUUGUAAAAAUUUUGUUCGAUUAAUCGAUCGAUUGAUUAAUUAAUUAUAACGAGUAUGCUUGUUGCAAAAUUAUGGAGAAUGGGAAUGUUUGCUUGGCGUCAAUGAUUUACUGGUUUCACGCGUGCUAAAUAGCUUUAUGACGGGAAUUCAGAGUGUACUAUGCGGGAAAAUUGGAUUAAUAAACAAUAUUGUGAUAGAGGCUAUUAUUACGUCGAUGUAAUAACCCUAUUUUCUAGACUAAGAUCAUUAAUUUAAGGAGUUGCGAAGCUGCGUUACUUCGCUUUCUAUAUAUGCACGCUUAUCUCGAAAUGAGAGGAAUCGAUAUACUUAUGUUAUCACUUCGUUGCUUAUUGUAAGAGGGAGAAAUUUAAUAAAAUUAAUGGGAUGUAUAUUAUCUACA